AUGGGCAAGCCUGGUGGCUUUUUCAAGAAACUCAAAGCGAAGCAAAAACGAACAGCCUCUCAGCAGAGGCGUGGAACCAAAGGAGCUUCGAAGGAGGAGCGACGAUGGAAAUACAACGAGCGCGUUGAAUACUACGCUGCCAAACGAGAGGCUGAUGAACUUGAUGCCCUGAGCGACUCUAGCGAAGACAGGGCUUCUACAGACUCAGAGAAAGAGCAGUGGACUUCCGAAAAAAAGCUCCGAAAGCUGCGCAAUUUGCUUGGUGUUUCAAAGACCCCUCAACAAAGUCGUAGCGCAACAAGCAGGCAUGCUAACAAGUCCACACGUGGUACAGGUGGAAAGACCUCGACAAGUGAGCAGAAGCAUCUCCAAGACGAUGCUCCAACAGGCGAGGACGGCGAUUCGGAUUCUGAGAGAAGUCUUUCCAAGUCAGGGCGGUCGUCGUCGCAUAGCAGCGUUGUGCGUUCACAACGAGCGGAACGCAGCGAUAAGCCCGAGUCGCGAGAAAGCAGCGUGAGGGACGAUGAGGACUGGGAGACCUACCUGGGGCGGGUAGCAACCCCCACCAGUCGGUCUGCGAACAGCGAUCCAAAUACGGAUGAAGAUGAAAAUGCGUCUAGCGAUAUGCAGGAGGAUGACGAAGAGGAGGAGUUGCUGAUAGAUUAUGAGGAAGAUGACGAAAAGGACACAGGGAGCGGUGAAAGUUUGGACCUUGGAGAGGAUGAGGAGGCCGACGAGGAAGAGGCUGAAGCUAACCCGCUAUUAGAACUACUAAAUGAGGACGGAGAUGACAACAACGCGGCGGAUGACGCCAAAGGAGAGAUCGUCUUUGAACCUCAAGAUAUGAUGGAAUCAAACGAGGAGGCGUAUGUGGACGACGAAAGCGACGAUAGCAGCGACGCAUCCUCGACGUCCGAGGAUCCGCAAGCCGGGAGUGUAGAGAAGCAGCGCGAGCGCCGUGCGCUGCUUCCAAAGUUCAAACUAGGCACAACGUGCAUGGAUAUGAUUCUCCGCUCGAACCCACAGGAUCGGUGCUAUCAAAAAUACCACCUCGAUCGACACGGUGGCGUGGAUCAGACACCCUUGCGUGCGGUGCCGGUGCCACCGGAGGUGUUGGAAGCCCUUCAACACAGCAAUGACGCACUCAUCGCCGCCGUCGAGGCCGAGGAGAAGGAUGCUGAAGUCAACGGAGCCCACAACAAGGCCGAGGCGAGGAUGAUUGCGGCCUCGCCAAACGCUGUCACCCCUCGCACGGCUUUGGCGCCAGACCUGCUCACUGUGAGUGCUGCGGAGUACCGUAUGGUGGAUCCAUCGAGCAUCGCCGUCGCAGCCAGUGCACAUGCGCAGAAAUUUUGGCUUCACGAGCCGUUUGCUGUGGGGGUCGGUGUUGAAAGUACAUCGAUGAACUCGCGCACAAAGCCCCUGGCGGCCACGCCCGCGAUUCGAAGAAGGACGAAAAAGGACGCCGCACCGGGGGCUUUGGAGCCUGAAAUCGAGGAAUCCCGCCCGCCGUACGUUCACGAAACGUUAUGGGCGAAGUGGGUUGCCUAUCGCCGCUCUUACCCACGGAACCACCACUUCCCCCCCUCACCGUCGCCCUCCACGACGGAUGCCCUCCCCGCUCUCACCUUCGAGGAGCGCGGCCUGCUCGACCUCCUGCAGGGCUACCCAGACGUGCUGGAUUGCUUGCGGUGCUGGCAGAACGCGGCGUCGCGGCGUGAGAUCUUCUUAUUGCACAUUCUCAAUCACUGGUUUAAGAUGCGAGCGGUGGUUGUGGCGCAUGAUGCGAUUCUGCGCGACCGCCACCACCGACGACGGGCCGCAGAAAACCGCAAUCCCGCCAAAAGGAAGAAGGCGAGCUUAACCACCCCAGAAGCGAGUUUGGCCAGUCAGGGACGCAAACGACGUCGCGAGGAGGAUGGCUCUAAUGAAGGAAACGAGUCCGCCGCUAUAGCGGAUGAGAUCCUCAAUGAUGUUGGCGACGGUGAUGAGAAUUUGGAACUUCGGGAUCGUGGCUUUGGUAGGACGCGUGUUUUAGUCAUGCUGCCAAUGCGUAACCAGGCCUAUCGCUACGUGCACACCAUCGUUCGAAUCCUCGGCGCCGAUCCAGAGCGCUGCCCUAAAUUAGAUAACUUCUCCAGCGACUUUACUGAAAUCGAAGAAGCUGUGGACCCAACCUUUAAGCGCCGCCCAAAGGAUUAUCAGCGUCAGUUUGAGGGAAACAUUGAUGAUACCUUCUGCGUCGGCCUGCGGUUGGAACCGGACCGUGUGCAGGUCUAUGCGCACCCUCUCAACAGUGAUAUCAUCCUCUGCUCGCCGCUCGGUCUGCGACGGCGGCUAGAAAAGAGCGGCGAUAUCAUGGUUUCCCUCUCCUCAAUCGAGGUGUGUCUCGUAGACGAGGCUCACGUCCUCCUCGAACAGAAUUGGGAUCACGCCGCGGCAGUGCUGGGGAUGCUCAACAAGCGCCCGACAGACACCACCCAUGGCCUCUCCGACCUCCGCCGCGUGUACGCGUGGGCUCUCGAGGGGAAGAGCGGGCGACAUCGGCAGACCAUCUUCUCGACGAAUAUUAGCCACGCUACCAUCUCCAGCGCGUUCCGAGCGUCACUUAACAACUCCGGCAAGAUCCUUCUCCAGCAUCGUGUGGAGGAAGGUGUCCUCUCGCACGUUCUGGCGCCAGUGCGGCAGAACUUUUUACGCUUCGAUGUCCCUACUAUAGAGGCCGUUGACGAUGAGCGCUUUGACGUGUUUACCAACAAAAUGUACCCGUCUAAGAUCCACCCACUCGUCGAGCGCGAUGUGCGGACCAUCAUCUUCGUUCCAUCAUACUUCCAGUUUGUGCGGCUGCGCAAUUACAUGCACCGUGAGUACCGUGAGAGUUACGCCGCGAUCUCGGAGUACACCUCUGUUAAAAAGCAGCGGCAGGCGCUGGGGCAGUUCACUGACCUUGAGCGGCCUUUGCUGCUUUUGACGGAGCGCUUUUACUUCUUUCGGCGGUACUUUGUCAAGUUUGCAGAGGUUAUUAUUUUCUACAGUCCACCACUGUUCCCUGAUUUUUACACCUCGCUUGUAAACCGAAUUGUGGCAACGUCCCCGAACGCCUUUGCGAUGACAUUGUACUGCAGAUACGACACCCACGAGUUGAGCCGCAUAGUCGGCACAAAGCGAGCGGCAACACUACUUGAGAGGGAGUCUGGUAUAUUCUCUUUCAUCACUUCAUGA